AAGAAGAGAAAUUGUAGAAAUAGAAGGGGUUUAGCCAUAAUUAUGACUUUGUGGCGACGAUUAACUAGGCUAGCCUACACCUCUGCGGGUUCUUCUGACGUCAUCCAUAUAUUUCCCUCCAGUCUAGCCGAUACAACAUUUCCAGAGUUCUUUGCUGCUCUAGCCACUCGUGCGAUGGUCACCAUUGAACCGCCUUACAUUUUACAAUGUAUCACAAACCAAGCUUGUUAACCGGAGUCUGUUUAUCCUAUUAAUUUACUCUAUCCCAUUAACCUGCUGCCUUGGCGCCGCUGCAUGGAUAAGGGUACUACAGGGACUGGUAAUUUGGAGAAAUUAUGGAAAAGACUAAUGAAUCAAUGAAGUUGGGGGGAAUAAUCAUUGUGCAUUGAUGUAUUCCCAAUGCAUUAUUAAUAACGGAUUAAUAUAUAAGAAUGGAACCAAUUAAAUCUUAUUAAUCUCAUGAGAUCAUCUUUGACCAAAGACCUGAUGAAGGAACUUGCCAGGACCAGUAUGCCUACAGCGGAGAUGGAUCUGCGUCUGCUGAGGGCGCACCAAACAACCACUGCAACUUUGCCAAUUCUGAGCCCCACGGAAAAUGACACGACAUGCGGGAUGCAGAUUCUCAGCCACGGGAAUGUGGAGAAGGUUCUUAUCGGAGGAGUUCUCACUGUGCUCACUUUGCUCACCAUUUGCGGUAACUUACUUGUGGUGAUAUCCGUGUGCUUUGUGAAGAAGCUGAAGCAGCCCUCCAAUUAUCUCAUCGUCUCCCUGGCGGUCGCGGACCUGUCUAUAGCCGUGGCGGUGAUGCCUUUUGUCAGCAUCACGGACCUCAUCGGGGGACAGUGGAUCUUCGGACAGGUGUUCUGCAACGUUUUUAUUGCCAUGGACGUGAUGUGUUGCACUGCAUCAAUCAUGACCCUGUGUGUAAUAAGCAUAGACAGGUACCUAGGCAUAACUAAACCCUUGACCUACCCUGUGCGACAGAGUGGGAGAUGCAUGGCCAAAAUAGUUCUGUCUGUGUGGCUACUGUCGGCCUCCAUCACCCUUCCCCCGUUGUUCGGCUGGGCCCAGAACGUCAACGACGACAAGGUGUGUCUAAUCAGCCAGGACGUGGGCUACACUAUCUAUUCCACCGCCGUCGCGUUCUACAUCCCCAUGUCGGUGAUGUUGAUGAUGUACUACAACAUCUACCGAGCGGCCAAGGUGAGUGCCGCCAAGCACACCAUCCAAGGCUUCCCCAAGGUGGAGGACGAAUGCAACAGUGUUGACUGCGUGGCCGCGGCCUUUAAGCUCCAGAAGGAGGUAGAGGAGUGCGCCAGUUUCUCUUGUCUGCUGAAGAACGACAGGAAGAACAUCUCCAUCUUCAAACGGGAACAGAAGGCGGCCGCCACCCUGGGCAUCGUGGUGGGGGCCUUCUCCGUCUGUUGGCUGCCCUUCUUCCUUCUGUCCACGGCCAGGCCCUUCAUCUGCGGGCCAGAGUGUAGCUGCGUUCCCCUCUGGGUGGAGAGGUUCCUGCUCUGGCUGGGCUACGCCAACUCCCUCAUCAACCCCUUCAUCUACGCCUUCUUCAACAGGGACCUGAGGACCACCUACCGUAACAUCCUACUCUGCAGGUAUAGGAACAUCAACCGCAAACUCUCCGCCGCCAGCAUGCACGAGGCCCUCAAACUGGCUGAGAGACCAGAUCUGGUGAUCUAGCUAGAACAGUGUUUCUUAAACUUCUCGUUUCACUCACAGAGACCGGCAAGCUAUGGUUUGGAUGAAAAAUUGUAUUUGACUAAAUUGAGGCAGAUAACCCUCUGGACCAGUCAGCAAACAUUGCUCUAGACUGAGGAAUCCUAUUCAGUUCAUGAGUAGAGGAAGGCUAUAUAAAUGUAUAGAAAAUAACUGUUAUUAUUGUUCACACCUGGCACACACAAGAACAUUAGCUCCACAUUUUGUCAGGUUAUUGGGACAGACCCAAACCAUGCGUCAGAUUACAAUCUUCCCUCAAUCAAUUAUUUUCAAUUGAGUGUUCUGAUAGGCAUUCUGAAUGGCUGUUCUUCUGCAUUUUAGAGCACACUGUCAGAAAUUAAAUGUUAGAUGACGGUGAAAUGCAGAGAACAUUUUUAGAUAGCAUGGCACACUCUGAUGUAUUGGAUGAGAGGACAAAUAAUAGGCUAUGGCUGUGGUAGGACAAAUGACGCCGUCAUGUUAUUUUGUUAGAUAUAUCACUGUGUAUUUGGUACUUGAAAUUGAAAAUCACACUCGAUGCAUAAAGUUUGUGUGAGAAAUGUAUUUUAAAAAAUAAGAAGAAGAAACAUUUUAAAGUUCAACAAUAUGCACCACAGAUGGUGAGCCAUGGUUCCAGUUAUGUAUAUUGAGUAACAGGAAAAUUUGUUUUAUGGUGUGUUCAAUGAACCACCUUCGAAACCAUUUGUGAAAUUGUAACUAUUAUGUGUAGAAUUUUGACCAAACUCAGUCAUGCAACACAAUUAUGUUAGUAACAUAUUUAUAUGAGCUUGACAGUUGGUCAUAUGGACAUAUUUCGUCAAAUGUACCAUGCACUUUAGAGCAUAACUAGUUUGGAGCCUUCAGCAGGGCACUUAGCCCUAAUUGCUCCUGUUAGUCGCUCUGGAUAAGAGCAUCUGCUAAAUGACUCAAAUGUACAUGUUGAUAUGUUAAGGAUUGGGAUUAACCCUUCAUUGUACAGCACAUACUGUGAAUAUAUUUGAUCAAUGUAUUACUAUUUGAUCAGUCAUUAAGCUAGGGCUUUUUCAAGUAUACUGAAAUAUUCAAUGUUCAAUGUAUAUUCAAGUAUAUUGUAGAGAAAAACCUUAUGUUGAUAGGGAUGACAUUGGCCAAGGUUGACUAGGGUGAAUAGUGGUACAUAAAUGUUUGAUUGCAAUUGUUUUGAUUUGUUCAUUUAUUCCAGAUGUUUUUAUUUUUUUUAUUUAAAUAGCAUAUCUGAGAACGAGAAGGAACAGGUUGUACAGUAUUUAGGAACAUUAUAUAUUUUUAGUAGUAGUUCUUGUUCUACCUUAAAGUUUUGCGUUACAUUAUUGAUAAAAUCUAACUAUUAGAAAUGUUUAUAUUUUAUGUCAAAAUACACUAGGUCAACACA